CCGCCUCGCCCAACAUGUCCGCCAAAGCCUCUGGCUCCGACGCCAAAUCGCGUGAACACCAUGACGGAAGUGCAGGCCGAGCUUACACCGUCGAGCAAAAAGCCGCCGUAAUACGCAUCAAGCAAUGCGCGCCGACGGCUUACUACAAGAUCCUUGGUCUGGAGGAAGUCAAAGCCACAUGUUCCGACUCGGACAUCAAGAAGGCCUACCGCAAGCUCUCAUUACUUACCCAUCCGGACAAGAACGGCUAUGCGGGUGCUGACGAGGCGUUCAAGAUGGUCAGCAAAGCAUUCCAAGUGCUUAGCGACCCGGACAAGAAGAAGAAGUUCGACCAGUUUGGAUUGGAUCCCGACGCCAGAUUUGACCCGCGGGCUGCGGCGGGGGCAAGUGGAGGCGGGGGGCCGGGUCCGUUUGGAAACGGAUAUGCGAGAAGAGGACCGUUUGGCGAAGAAGAGAUGACACCAGAAGAACUGUUUAGGCAAUUCUUUGGCGGCGCAUUUGGCGGACCUUUCGGCGGCAUGGAUACCGGCCCAGGCUUUGUCUUCAACCUCGGCGGCGGCCCAGGAAUCCGUGCCAACAAUCCCUCUCGUCGGCCUUCGCCAACCUGCUCCCCCUCCUGUUCCUCUUCCUCCCUCUUCUCCGGCUCAUCGUCCACGGCUGCCGGCCCCAACCUCGUCUUCGAAACCCCCCGCGCCCCCAACACACUGAAGCGCGUAUCCCCGCGGAUAAAGAUCGACUACUUUGUCAACCCCAAGGAUGUGCACGACUACACGCCCAAGAAGUGGCGGAAACUAGACGAGGUGGCCGAGCAGCAGUACGUCCACAUCACCAACACGCGCUGUCAGACGGAAAAGUACAAGCAGAGACAGGCUAUGGAAGAGGCCCAAGGCUGGUUUUCCGUCGACGAAAAAGCAAUGAACAAGGCCAGGAAUAUGGAGUUGAAGAACUGUAAUAAGCUUAAGAAGUUGGGCCUCGACGUCUACGGCGCCUAA